AUGAACAGCCUCUCUCUCAGUGAGCUCUGCUGCCUCUUCUGCUGCCCUCCCUGCCCCAGUCGCAUUGCAUCCAAGCUAGCCUUCUUACCCCCCGAGCCCACAUACACCUUCCUCCAUGACCCGGAUGCAGGCCCUGCUUCACCUGUGACAACAGUGGCACCGAGUCCGUGGGCAUGUGGUGGGCCGUUAAUGUCCGGGAGUGGAGGAACUGGCUCCAUGGAUGGAAGAUGGAAGCUCCACCUGACGGACCGAGCAGAAUUCCAAUACUCGCAGAGAGAACUAGACAUGAUGGAGGUGUUCCUCACACGUUCCAGUAGGGGGAACAGAGUUGGCUGUAUGUACAUUCGCUGUAUCCCAGAUGCCAGAUUUACAGUGCUUUUCUCUCACGGCAAUGCUGUCGACCUGGGUCAGAUGUGCAGUUUCUACAUUGGCCUUGGCACUCGCAUCAAAUGCAACAUCUUCUCCUAUGACUACUCAGGCUACGGCGUUAGCACUGGCAAACCCUCAGAGAAGAACCUGUAUGCAGACAUUGAUGCUGCUUGGCAUGCCCUGCGAACACGGUAUGGCAUCAGCCCAGAAAAUAUAAUCCUGUACGGUCAGAGCAUCGGAACUGUUCCCACCAUCGACCUUGCGUCACGGUACGAAUGCGCUGCUGUCAUUCUUCAUUCGCCCCUCACAUCUGGAAUGAGAGUCGCCUUUCCUGAGACGAGGAAGACGUAUUGCUUCGAUGCUUUUCCCAAUAUUGAGAAAGUGUCUAAAAUCCCAUCCCCCGUGCUAAUUAUCCACGGCACAGAAGAUAAAGUCAUCGACUUCUCCCAUGGCCUGGCGCUGUUCGAGCGCUGCCCCAAGGCCGUGGAACCUCUGUGGGUGGAGGGAGCGGGACACAAUGACAUUGAGUUAUACAGCCAGUAUCUGGAGCGACUCCACCGCUUCAUACAACAGGAGCUGGGCACACAACACACAUGACAGCGUCGCGGGCAUCCGCGGGAAUGAACGGUUUUUCCGACGUCUCCCGUCAUCUUAACUGUUUUUUUCUAAGCACAGCCCUGUGAGAAGUAUUUUUUUUCAUGAAGUGUUUCUGGAACACAGUGUGCCUUUAAAGGAUUAAUGUCACAGGGGCAUGUGUUCAUAGAUGUCUGGAGUAUGCAACUGAAUACAAAGUAGAGUUUUGUUUAUUUUUAAUGCUGGAGAUUUGUAUCACUGCAGCUAAUGUGUAUCAAGUGACAGGAAGUACAGUGGAGGUCCUUCACUGUGCAACAAGGGCAACCUAACAGGACACUCAAUAGGCAAUAACGGAAUAUAAUUGAGACCUAGAUCACUUCCAGCAGUGGUGCCCAACAACCGGACUGGGGAUCGGUGCCGGUCCGGAGGUCAUUUGGUACUGGGCCGCAAUGGGACAGAGUGAAAAAUGUACUUCAGUUUUACGAAUUUACUUCAUACUAACAGAAUAAAGUCUAAAAGAUGUUUUAAUGAUCCUUCAACGAUGGCGCGGUAUUACCGGUCCGCAGUAGCGGCUGACACCGGCCGACCGGUUCUUGGUAUAAAAAAGGUUGGGGACCGCUGAAUUACAGUAUAGUCAGAUCCUUGGAAAGGUUCUGUAGUUUCUUUUUUAGCAAACCUUAACCACUAAUUUACAAUUUCUGGGGAUGUCUAGUACCGAUACUGCGACUUGGAGUAUUUGCCGAUACCGGUAUUAAUCCGAUACCUUCUCUUCUCCCUCAGCAUGCUGCGAGCUGCUGUGAACCUUUGGAUUAAAGUAUCGGAUCAAACAAUAUGUAGGUGUUUUUUCGAUGUGUGAUCCUGAAAUUUUGGCCAAUGUUGGACUGAUACAAACCAAUACUUCGAGUAUAUUGAUGGUUAUUUUAAAUCUCUAUAUGUGAUUACAUGUUUUUAAUCAGUAAUGAUUACAGCAAUUAUUUUAAACGCAACAAUAUAAACAUAUUUUAAAAACCCACACACAAGUGAUUUACACAGUGGUCAGAACGUGACACUGACUUGGUUCUACCUGUGUCUUCUCACAUGUUGUUUAAGGCAGGGGCUCCAACCACUGGGUUGGGGACCAGUACUGGGCUGUGGAUCACUUGGUACUAGCCUACACAGAAAUAAUUAAAAGUUUUUUUUAUUGA